AUGGCUCAGGUUUUGGAUUUCUGUUUACGCUGUAACAACCUGAGUUGCCGGACAGCGUUGACGGAGAAGGCUGUAGUUACCACUUGCUCCCACAUCUUUUGCCUUCGCUGCGCCAGCCAGGCAGGACUAUCUCAAUCGAAAAGCGCAGCUCGACAGUGUCCAGCCUGCCAGUCAGAGCUUCCAAACCCAGAUGAUGUUGCGUCAACUCUCCUCACCCCGACAGAAGAUUAUAAAACUAGCGUUUUGAGCGGACUGGAUCCGACUACGAUUGUAGAAUGUGCUGGCAGAGCUCUGUCGUUCUGGGCCUACCAGACAACACAGGAAAUGUACCGUUAUAAAAUUACCUUCUACCAGGACCACCUAAGUAAGACACUAAGAGAUAAAUGCAGCACUAUGGGCAAACAGAUGGAUCAGAUGGCGCAUGACGCAAAUUCCGCAAUAGAGACACUCCAACGACGUAUAUCAGAACUUGAAAUCGGCCAGGAGCAACUUCAGAAAAAAAACCAGGAGCUGGUUGGCGUAUAUCGAGAUAAAUGCAAAAAGCAUGCGCAAAUGACCAAUCUAUAUAACUUAUUGAAAAAUCGCGCCAUAAGAUCGCAGAUCCAAACUGCAGUUUCAGAUACCGUCGCUCAGGCCCUCAAUUCGUAUGGGGCGUCGGAGAAUAAUGCAACCGCUGGACUGGACUCGCAAAGGCCUACUACAAGCCUUACAGCUUCUCAAAUGAGUAAUUUCAACCAAUAUACCGGGCCGUGCAACGAUCAUAAGCCUAAAACCCAACGACAACACAAAGUUGCCUUCCAUUCCCGGGACUCAGCUAUGAUGCCCCCUCCUACUGUGCUACCUGCACCACGAGCUUGGGCACAAUUCGCAGCCCCCAAUACCGGUCCAUGCUAA